UCUCUGUUUUCUGUCACUCUGUCUCUUCUCUCUCUCUCUUUCUCUCUCUUUCUCUCAUUCACAUGUCACACGUGCGUGCAGUACAUACCGUACACACAUACACUCUCAAAACCGCGUGUCGUGGGUCAUUUCGUAAUAUUUUCGUCGAUCUCUGGAAUUCUUAGCUCAUAGAUCGUCUGGUACAUCGUUUAAGCAUUCCCUUCCCAUGUACUUAUUUAAUCCCUUAUAACUCGAAGUGACCAUUCCAUCUUAUGCAUUAUUUACCUAUCCUUCGCUAGCUUACAUUUGGUAUUGGAUUUAUUCUUCUGGGAUCUUUUUUGUAAAAGAAAAAAAAAAAAACAAAAGAAAACAUUCUUGUUUGUAUUUGACUCUAAUAAUGAUAAGUAGACGUAAUCGACUUUAGUUUAUCAAUUGUUUUACCUAUGUCAAAAAUUGUUGAGUCUCUAAUAGUUGACCGUAAUGUACAGUAGUAUGAUUUGCAUCUUUUACGCACUUACUAUCCACUUUAAUAUUACCCGAUUGACAUUACGAAUGAAUGCGAAUGGUUUUCCAAUAAGAUGGAGCUCAUUCGUAUUUGGAUUCACUUAGAUCGUACGUAUCUAUGUAAAUACAAUAUAUAUGAUGCGUGACAACAAGCUACAAGUCGUUUAAUUAUCCAACGAAGUAUUUCAAUUAUCAGAGAACGUGUUGGAAUGAAGGAACAGCAAAGAAAAAAAGGAAAAGAAAUAAGAAAACGUGUUACACGAGUAUGCAUUUGAAUCGAAAUCAGCGAACAGAGAUGUUCGUUAAAGUACAUACGGCAUAAAACCAUAUAUCCUCUUGUUACAAUUUUACAUAUUGUACGAUUAACGAAAUGGGCCGCGCUCCCGUCGUUAAUGCAAUUAACAUAAUAACGAGUAGUGCGAUCAUUACAGUAGUUGGUAGAAAUGGACGUAGAUUAGCUCGCUCGUUGCUCGGUUUUGACAUAUCAUCCUCAUCGUCGUCGUUGUCGUUGUCGUCAUCAUCGUCGUUGUCGUCGUCGUCGUCGUCGUCAUCAUCGUCAUUGUCAUCGUCGUCGUCGUUGCAUUCAUACGUUAUGGCCUAUGACAUGCACUCAGCUACCUGUUAUGCAACGUGCAGCAGACGCGACGUGCGUUUCGUUGAGAGUUUGCUACUCAUUGGUGCAGUAGUCAGUUUAACCCUCGUCGUCUUUUGGCUAACUGCCAAACGCGAUCCAAGACCGAAAUAUCACUCGAAUUUAUAUAACAUCAACGCGGCGCCGGAAGACUUUAUAUCCGUCGCUGACGUUCGCGAAGUAAGAUUUGCGUUCGAUCGAGAUUUUUCGGAUAAGGACUUUUGCCAAGCGCCAGCACGUCUUGUAAUAAUUAUAUCCAUAUCUCAUUAGAUAUUUAUUUCGAAUUGAUCGAUCUUAGAUUAUUCGAUCGAUAAACACGACACGAGUCGGACGUUUUUUAACGUACCUAUCAUACGUACGUACGUACGUACGUACGUAUGAUUAUUGUUAGGGAAGGU